GUUGCCUGUUGCAUAAGAGCCUCUUGCUCUUUAAAAAGAUGCUCUGCAAGUUUGAGUUGUGAGUCACAUUUGCAAGCUGCAGCGCCACAGGAUGAAAAAGAAGCUGAUUCUGGAUGUGGACACGGGGGUGGAUGAUGCCCAGGCCAUCAUGAUAGCCCUGGCCACCCCCAAUGUGGAGAUAUUGGGGAUAACCUGCUGCCAUGGCAACACCCCCCUGGAGAGCGUCCUGAAGAACACGCUCCGGGUUCUGAAAGUCUGCAACAGACUGGAUAUUCCAGUGUACGCCGGAUGCUCCGAGCCGUUGCUGUCCAACCAGAGACACGCCAGCGAUUACCACGGAAAAGACGGGCUGGGGGACGUGUCUGAUCCAGAUGCUCCGGGACUGGAAUUGCUGCAGGAGAAAAAAGGUGUCCAGGCUUUAGUGGAAAUGAUCGAACAAAACCAAGGCGAGGUGACUCUGGUGGCCACGGCACCUCUGACCAACCUCGCCGUGGCCGUGCAACUGGACCCUUCCCUUCCCAAGAAGCUCAAGGCUCUCUACAUCAUGGGAGGCAACAUCGAGUCCAGGGGGAACACCACCAUAUGCGGGGAGUUCAACUUCGUGGCCGACACGGAGGCCGCCCACAUCGUGUUGGAGCGCUACACCUGCCCCACCUACAUCGCCUCCUGGGAGUUUACCUGCAGGAACAGCCUGCCGUGGUCUUUUUAUGACGAGUGGCUGGCAGUGAAGACGGCGAAAGCUGCGUUCAUGAAAAAUAUUUCAAGGUUGAGCUCGGAGAAAUCCAAGUCGGCAGAUUAUCAGAAAGAAAUCACCACGGGACAAGGGUUCAAUUCUUGCGACUCCUACGCUUUGGCCGCCGCCGUGGAUGACACACUCAUCACAGAGAGCGAGGAGGUGGCAGUGACGGUGGAGUUGCAAGGGGCCAGCACCCGGGGCAUGAUGGUGCUGGACUACAUGGAACUGCUGAAGAAGAAACACAAAGCCGUCAUCAUGAAAAAAGUGGACUUGGAGAAGUUCAAGCAGAUGUUUAGGACAUCAGUGAUGUAGGAGGCAGGAAGCACGCUGGAGCUACUGUAGCAAGACCAAUAAAAUGCAAUAAACAAAAACAAUGCUUGGAAGU